AUGGGCAGCUACUUCGGGGAGUUCACACAGACCCACCAAGGAGAUCCCAGCGGCCGCCUUCGUGCACCCCCAGCCCCCCACAAGAUGAUCGCUUCCACCUGGGGGCAUCCGCCGCGAGCUGGACCGUCAACGGAUAGCCUCGGUCACCCUUUCCCAGUCUUUAAGCAGCCGACGCUUCACGAAUUGGUCAGCACGACUUUCUUCAACGGCGGAGAGAUCGCGUCCGGAGAGAGCGGCGUCGGCGCCGCCGCUGCCGCCGCCGCCCAAGCCAGGAACCAGAUAUCUUCUACUCGAGACGCCGGCUUUAAGAAAAGGUUGAUUUCCAUUUCUAGGCUGGAUCAUAAAUUUCUCUUUAUCGUCGUCUUAGCCUCGCUCUUCCGAAUUGCUCAAAAAAAUUCUUCCCUUCGCUCUCUAGAAUCGAGAUAAAGUUUCAGAUGAAUUCAAAGGCGAUCCCAGUCCUUUUCGCAUAGGUGAUUUGGCAAAUUUUACGAUUUUUUUUAUAGCGUAGAGUUGCAGGAACCAAGUAGAGCGAUGCCAGAUAGAAAGGAUAACACAUCUCCUACAGAGCUAGUUUUCGUGGAAUGGGAAAACAUAGAAACAGUUGAAUACUGAUGAAGCCCACAUACAAGCUCUGUACUCAGAAGACAUUACAGGCCACAAGUUCUAGCCUUUCGCCGUGUGGCAAUUAUAUCAAACUUUGGCUGCCUAACUGACCGACAUCUCUCAUCUCUGUCUUUCUCUCUAUCUAGUUUUUAAUGUGCAUGUAUAUAGAUAUAUCGUAUUUCCUUUGGUUCUCCUCCUUGUUGGCAGGAUUUCUAACGUUCAUUUCUCCUCUUCACAGGAAGAACCAGACCAAGAAGGUGGUCUGUGUCCCGGCACCGGACGCUGCCGGUGGCAAGCCUGGUGGAGAGAUGGUUCCAUCCGAUUCCUGGUCUUGGAGAAAGUAUGGCCAGAAACCCAUCAAGGGCUCUCCUUAUCCAAGGUAAAUCUCUAUCAUUCUUCCAACACAGAAGGAUCAUCUUCUUUAUCCUCGCUAAUAAUUGAAGAAAUCAUGGUAAAUGCUCCUAGGAUAGUCUUAAAUAAUCUGAUUUACUGUAUGAUCUUAUUUGAGUCAUUGCCAAAUAUUCUCAAGUUGGACAUUCUAAUUCCUUAACAUAGUACCAAGCCAUAUGGUUUCAUCAUGACCUGACAUUCCAUGGUUAAAUUACCAAUGUAGAGGAAAAAGCAUAAUAUCAAUGUUCCAAUUAGUUGGCUGGUUAAAACAACUGUCGGAAUAAUCCUCAACUCAGAGGUGAAUUGUCUGGCAUAGUGUUCAGUAUUAAAGGUGAUAGUUGGUCUUGACAAGCUCAUACAUCAAUUUUAUUGAUUGCAUAGCAAAUUGUACUAGUUUCCUUAAACAUGAGAGAGUCUAUUUAUAAAAAUAGUCUAACAUUAUGAAAGUAAAUCGGGUCCUAUUGUUUUUAUUCGGGAUAAUUCAAGUAUUACCAAAUGAAAUUGGUUGUGGCUUCGAUGAGAUAAAAUUUAAAGAGUCAAAGCCUUAGAUAGUUGUUUUAAACAUGUAACAUACUAGGGUAAAACCUACCUGCAUCUGUGCUUGAUUAACAAUUAAUUUUUAAUUGGAGGGUCAAAGCACCUCUGAUUGAAGAAAGUACUUUUUACAUCUUUGUCUGACUAAAUAUAUAAUUUUUUUUACCUUUAAGGUGCAUUGUAGUAUUUUUAACCUGUUAUUCAUGAUUAUCUAGGGAAAAUUAUAUAAAGGAAAAUCUUUGAAUGAUGUCAUUAAACAUUUGGCUAUUAUACGCCCAUUAUCAAUCAGUUUUUGAGUUUCCAAAUGAACUAGCCAUCGGCUAAUUUCGCAUUAUUUUGUGGGAUUCAAUCAUCCAAAUGAUAAAUUCAACAAAAAUUGGCAGAAGUUGACCUGUUGUUUUGAUUCAGGGGUUACUACAGGUGCAGCAGCUCGAAAGGUUGCUCGGCGAGAAAGCAAGUGGAGAGGAGCAAGACCGACCCAAGCAUGCUGAUAGUCACCUACACGUGCGAGCACAACCACCCCUUACCUACUCAGAAGAGCAGCUCUCCGGCCCGGAAGGUGGCCUCACCAGGCUCGGCCGGUGCACCGGCGGCGGCGAAAGCUGAGUCGCCGGAGGCCGCAGAGGCUCUCCAUCGGAGCGGAGAGACGGUGCCGCCGGAGUUGAGUUGGACGGAGGAUUUCUUUGCCGAGUUGGGUGAGCUGGGGGAGGACACCAUGAGCCUUGUCUUCUCGAAGGAGUUUGUGGAGGACAAGCUGAUCGGCGAGGGGGAGGAAGAAGACGCCAUGGAUGUCUUCAGGAGGUUUGACUGGGCGAAGCAUUCCUUCGGGGAAGCCAAAUAA